AUGAGUAGCGAAAUUUCAGAUCCCUUUGGAGGCGUCGUUGUAUCUAUAUUCAUUAGCUUCCUCCUCUUGGGUGCUAUGUUUCUGCAGGUAUACAUCUACUUUGAUCGCUAUCCCAAGGACAAUAUCUGGCUCAAGGUAUUUGUCAUAGUCCUCUUUACCUUGGACGUUCUCAACUCUGUUUUUGUCCUUAUGUGGAUUUAUAACCUCCUGAUCGACAAUUUUGGGAACCCGUCGCAUUUACCAAAAGUCACUGACUGGACCGCCACAACUGACCCGCUUCUGGGGGGUAUCAUGGCAGGAAUGGUUCAAGGUUUUUUUGCAUGGAGGAUCUGGGUGUUAACCAAGAACUAUUUCUACCUUGGUGUGAUCGUCCUUUGCACAUUGACAUCUUUUGCCGGCAGUAUGGCGACAAGUAUAAUCUGCCUUUUAAUCGCCGAUUCAGUUGACUGGAAUGGGCUUCGUAAUGAAAUGGGCGUACCCGUUCUUGUAUGGCUUAUUCCAGCGGCACUUGGGGACCUCGUCAUCACAGUCAUUAUCGCCACAUAUCUGCAGCGAGCAAAAGGUUCCAUCAAACGGACCAAUCGUAUCUUAAACAGAAUUACCCGACUGACUAUGCAGAAUGGCAAGUCCCAUACUCUUCCGUGGCCCGCACCGCGAGGCUUAAUGUUUGACUGUCAAGGCGGCCUUACCAUCUUUGGGGUCAUAUUUAUCUUGCCUAAACUGUACACAAACUCAGCGCUUUCGAGUCUUAAUGCGCGCCAACCCCACAUUCAGGAUAUCGGAGAUGAAGUGGCCUCUAUGACCAUGCCGUGGAAUAGUACCGAGCUCGAUCAUGGGGAGUCAUUAUAG